UAUUAUCAUAACAUCUUCAGAGCUGCAGUUAAACGUCACUGACAAUUUUUUGUCUCCUGAAAAUAAAAGAUUCGAUCAUGAUUCAGAGAUCUGACGUCACAAUAACAGAGGUGAUUCUUUUAAACGAGGAGUGGUCACCGAGCAACAGGAAACCCUCCUCCUCCUCCUCUUCCUCAUCAUCAUCUUCAUCCUGGAGGGUGGGGGUCACAGCAGCUCCAUCACUAACACCUCCUCCUCUUCCUCCUCCUCCUCCUCCUCCUCAUCUCUCCUCCAGCCUGAAAGCUGAGAUUCCUCCUGCGCUGUUCACAGAUCUCUGUCUCCAGCUGGUUGAAGCUGAGCAGGAGAAGGUUCCUCUCCAGACAUGCAGAAGGUGGAGGGACGGGGCCCCCCGGUCAACCUGCCCUCCUCACGGGGCCCGAGCACCCCGGGGUCUCCGGCCACCGGCAUCAUGACCCGGGUCAAGGACCAGGUGGUGGGCUACAGGGACCUGGCCGCUCUGCCCAGGGACAAGACCAUCCUGCAGGUGGAGAGACCCGACCUCAUGACCUACGAGCCGCACCUGAGCUUCUCACCACUGGACCUGCUGCGCAGAGAGCGUUCCCUCUCUCCCCCCCCCACGUCUCCGACCAUGUCUCCUGAGGUGAAGGCUCGCAGAGCAGAGAGUGACAGCGGGUCUCCAGGAGGAUCCUCGUUGCAGCUCAACACCGGACGGAAGAUCAGCGCCAGUCUGCAGCAUUUCCACAGACCAGAUAAUGGAACCAAUAUCUACAGGAAACCUCCGAUCUACAAACACGAUGCUGCCAAGCCUCUGGAGGGCAGCGGCGUGAUUCGCUCGGCCAUGUUUCCAGCGGCUCAGCCUCCAGAUCCCAACCAGCCGUCCAAGAUAGAGACAGAGUUCUGGCCCUGCCCGCCGUCACUGGCCGCCAUGGAGAUCGAGAGGAGGAAGAAGAAGCAGCCGGAGGAGGAGGAUGAGUUUGUGGAUCUGACAGAAGAAGCCCGGACGCUGCAGGAGCAGGAGCUGGAGAAGAUCAAGUCCAACCUGGGUCGUCUGAUCCUGAAGGAGGAGAAGGAAAAGGGCCUUAGUUUCCGGAGGAAGACUCAGUCGCUUCCUGACAGAACACACAUGCACACCAGUUUGUCGGUGACUGCAUCAAGGUCUCCGUCACACUCAGGAGCCGGUUUGACCAGAAUGCAGUCAGCAGAGUUCUCCACAGACGGAGACCAAGCAGCUUCAGGGGUGUGUGGCGCCCCCCUGAGGACCAGACGCAGAUGACCCUUUACUCUGACUAACCUGAUGCACUGACACUCGUUACCUGUGCUGCACUUAUAAUCACCACUGCUUGCAAAUCACUCUCAUUACGUGUCCACCCACACCUUCAUCUUCAUCAUCUUCAUCUUCAUCACACAGGGUCUGGUUCCUCAGAGUUUAACCUGCAGACGUCAGAUUAGCAUGUUAGCAUGUUAGCUCAGGUGUUCUGGUAUCAUGAAGCUGGUUACCGAGGCAGCCGACCAAUCAGAUCACUGGAAUCAUAACUGCUGACUUAAUCGGUCCCUACUGAUGUCACUUCCUGUCAUGUCCUUUGGCUCCACAUUAAAAGCAUCAUGUGAGCGUCUGUUGUCGAGAACACGCUCAGAACGGAGCUCAUUCAUUGGUCGUCUCUUCUCCUGCGUGAUGUCACAUCUCUGCCGUUUCAUUUGAUGGUGACGUUUUAUAAAGAGCGUGUCGGUCCAGACUUUUAUUCUGAAACAGCUUUUAAUCCUGUUACUUCCUGAAAUGUAUUAUUUUCAGGUUUCAGAAAAAAACUAAUAACAAAUGUUCUUUAUGUUUUGCCAACAAAACAACUCGGGUCCAGUUUCAGAGAAAAGUUACGUUGACAAACUGCUGCUGAGCUUACAGUGCGAUACUGCCCCCCAGAGGCCAUGGGCUGAAUUGCAACAACUCUUCCGAGAGCCACAGGAAACACGAUGUAGCACGAGAACAUUUAUCCGUGGCUCCUCCUCAAGAGAAGCAGUUCACUGACUGAACGUUUCUCAGCUGUUUGUUCUGGAGACGAACACCUGAACAGAACCAGCUCCAUGACACCAGGACCCUGAACAGAACCAGCUCCAUGACACCAGGACCCUGAACAGAACCAGCUCCAUGACACCAGGACCCCGAACAGAACCAGCUCCAUGACACCAGGACCCCGAACAGAACCCGACUCUGACGACAGUUGUUUAAUGUCAUAAUGUCACAUAUUCAACAUGUAACUUAAUUAUAAAAUAUAUUUAUUACCUGUAGCUUUAUUUGAUGAUUGUAAAUUUUACUGCCACACGUGAACUAUGUUGAAAAUAUUGUUUUUGGUAUACAGUUGUUUUUAUUUAAUGAAAUGACAUCACCACUCACUUAACUGGCCACCGACAUUUCCCUCUGAUCUCAUGGCAACAUGUCAGAGGAGAACUUGGUACUAAUCAACGUGUCUGUGUUGGAUCGUGUGUCGACGCCUUCAUAACAUUCUGUCUGUUUCUAAUCACAGGAAUUCAAAUAAUAAUAAAAUAAAUCUGAAGUAAUAUCAAACAUCUCCUGGUUUCUGAUCCUUUCCACCACAGAGACGCCGUUCACACCCGAGAUCCACAUCCGCCCUGAGCUCUGUUCACACCUGACAUUAAAAAGACUUCAUCAGGAACCUUAGAGGUCAGAGGUCGUCA